GCCCUCGUACAGGCGCAAUGCCAGCCUUUCAACUCGCUUUCCUUUCGCUCGCCCGUGACCGCCGCCUCUGGCCUAACUGCGACGCCUAUAUUCGGAAAUCUUACCACCCCGCGUGGCGUCGCGUUUGAUGCGGACGGAAACCUACUCGUUGUCGAGCGUGGUUUGGGCGUGACGGCGUUCACGGACCGAGACAGCACCUGUGACGGCUGGCUCAGGACGGUCGUCAUCGCGAACACGUCCUUUACGCAGGGAAUUGCGGUGGACGGCCCCAAGCUGUAUGUUAGCACGUCCGGAGCCGUGUUGCGCUACGUGUACGACACCAGCACACGGACCGUCAACGGAUUUCCGGAGGUGGUUGUGGAUGGAAUUCCACCGGAUGGUGAACUCACAACCCGGCCCAUCCUCCUCCACCCCGCGAAGAACCCGAACACUCUCAUUGUAUCAUCCGCGCUCUCCGAAAACAUCGACUCGACCGCGCGCGACCCAUCCUCCGGACGCUCGCAGCUACGCCUCUUCCCCUUGCCUUCCUCCUCCUCCGUCGUCCCCAUAGACUUCUUCAACGGCACGCUACUCGCCUUUGGUAUCCGCAACCCCGCAGGGUUCGCCUUCCUGCCCGACAUCACCUCGUCCAAGAAGCUGUGGGUCGUCGACAAUGGCGCGUCGAUCGACAACGUGACGGGCCUCACCGCCGCCUUCGUCAACGACAAUCCAGCCGACGAACUCAACUUCGUCGAUCUUACCGGAAGCGACAGUAGCAGCAGCGCCCCCUUUUACGGCUUCCCCGACUGUACGACUUUAUGGAACCCGGACGCCGACCCUGCGGGCGACCCGCAGUUCACGUCGUUCCAUACCGGAGAGCAGUUCAGCUUGGAUCUCGAGCCGGAGAGAGAUGACGCGUGGUGCCAGGACCCAGCGAACAACGUGCCGCCCCGCAUCAGCUUCCAGGCGCAUUCCGUGCCCCUGGACCUCAAGUUCUUCCGUCCGACGUCGGACGCGUCUACCGCGUCGCUCCCGAAAAGCUGGAAGGGCGACGCGUUCGUGUCCUUCCACGGAAGCUUCGAUCGUACGCCGCCUACGGGGUACGCCGUCGUCAGGGUCCCGUUCGCCGGCGCUUCGCCCGUGGCAUCUCCGACGUCAACCGAGGGCUACGAAAUCCUGGUGCAAGCUGCCAACCUCACUUCAUGUCCCGGGACGUGCAUCAAACCGGUUGGGCUCGCGUUCGCGAGCGACGGGAGGCUGUUCGUGAGCAGCGAUUCGAGUGGGGAGCUGUUCACUCUCUCAAGCAACGCAUAGCACUGUGAUAUUUUACGCAGCUGUGUACGUAUAGGCUAUUAUGAAGUCGACAGCAACGGCGAAACCAUCCCGAGUC